AUGUGUUCAGUAGAUACACGCAAUGUUGCUUGUGAGUUUGAGACUGGGAUCCUCAAUUUUAAGCGCCGAAUUCCUUACAGUUUAGGCACAGAGCCGUUGCUGCCGGUGCAUCCGCUGCUGUUAACGCCUUUACACAAAAUAAACGAACGAUUCAUUACGUCUCGGGUGGAAAAACUGGUUGAUUCGUUGGUACUUAAUGAGGAGGAGCUGAAACGGCGCGCACAGUUUGUGAAAAAGGUCGACGAUAUCUUAAAAAAGGCACGUCCUGACCAUAGCCUGUCGGUAAAAGUGUUUGGAUCGACAAGUUCAAUGUUGGCAUCUCGGGACGCAGAUGUGGAUCUGUGUAUCGUGUGUGAUGUGAAAAAAUCGGCACCAACAACCUGUGAGUUAGCGUCAAUUUUUUCACAGAAUGGUAUGCAGCAGGUUGUAUGUAUACCUCGUGCAAAAGUACCUAUUGUGAAGUUUUGGGACCCAGAAUACAAACUGGCGUCAGAUUGCAACAUCAACAACAUCUUGUCUAUUUCGAAUACGCGAAUGAUGCGGACAUAUGUUGACGCAGACAUUCGGGUGCGACAAUUGAUAAUGAUCAUAAAGCACUGGGCAAAGCGAAGGUGCUUAAAUGACGCUGCUGGCGGCGGUACUCUCACUUCCUACACCUUGAGCUGCAUGAUUGUCAACUUCUUGCAGAUGCGACGGCCGCCAAUAGUGCCAAGUUUGCAAAUGAUGCCACAUCUGCAAAAUGAAAGCACAAUAGUUGAAGGGAUGGACGCUUCGUUUUUUGACGAUGUUGAUCUCGUUCGUGGUUUUGGUGAUCGCAACACCGAGUCCGUUGGCACGCUUCUCGUAGAGUUUUUUCGUUUUUUUGGUUACAGUUUUGACUUUGAACAUGGUGUGCUUUCAGUUCGUCGAGGAACCAUUCUCUCGAAAAGGGCCAAGGGUUGGCAGUUUCAUGUGAACAACGGGUUCUGUGUUGAAGAGCCCUUCCGCACAUCUCGCAAUCUUGCCAAUACGGCUGACGACAUCACUGUCAAAGGCCUACAGCUUGAAUUCCGACGGGCGUUUCAUUACUUGGCGGACGAGUCAUUGUUUGAAAACGCGUUUGCUGCGUUUACUUUUCCCUCGUCCGGUGAUGAAUCUGUUUCAUCCUCUGACAUCCACAUGGUUGGUCUUUCUAGAGAGCCUGCUAUCUCAUUUGUUUCUCAGCCUGGCUUGCCUUAUUUUCCCUAUAUCGCUGACUCCGGUGCAUCAAAAACGUCUGCUAGGACUGCUCCUGCGCCCACGCCAGCUACCGCUGCCAAAGCUAUGUCUGCCAGUGUUUCUGGGAAUGGUCCUUCGUAUCAUCCUAUCUCCGACCCUUCACCCUCUCCUACCUCUUCCGCCGGUCGUCAAAGGACAUCCUCAUCCUACCUUUUCCCUAGCCCGCCUGCCCCGCCUUGUUCUAACAUCGCUAUUCCCACUGCCCCCUAUGAUGGUCAACCUGUUAUGCACCCGCACGGUUUGUCAACGUCACCCUUCACCACGUAUGUGGAUCCAUAUACUUAUGCCUAUUACUAUUCCGCUCAGCAACAACAACAACAACACCCUUUUCUGAAGGCGUCACCUUCUUAUAUGGACUACUCAUACCCCUACGUUGGUAAUGCAGGGACUGGUCUUAAUUAUGCUAACCCGGGUUUUGGUUUUUGGGAUUCUGGAUCAGUGGCAACGGCGGCUGCUGUCGCUGCUGAUUGUUCUAAGAUGGAUUUCUCGUCACGUCGCUCUUCGUCUAAAGGAAAAAAGUCACGCAAGAAAAACAGCUCUUCCUCAUAUUCCAUGGCAUCCGAGUCCGUGUCGCUUUCCAGUCUCGACAGCAACAUUGCCUCACACUUUGAUGGAUUCAUGCGAAAACCUUCGUCAAAGUCAUCACCCACUUCAACCCAACCCUCUUUAUCACCCUGUCAUUCAUCGCCUGAAUUGGCAAGUCCCUCCCUCAAAUUAGAAGACCCUGCUCAUUAA